AUGCCUCGAGAAGUUGAGCCUUCUAUCAAUGAAAAGCAGUUCUUUUCGAAGGCUCUCAAAGAAAGCUUGAGAAUUGAUGGAAGAAGUUUUGAUCAAUUUCGAGCUAUAGAGUUAGACUUUGGAGAUGAAUAUGGUGUUGCAGAUGUGAGGUUAGGAAAGACAAGGGUUCUCGUCAAUAUUACAGCUGAAGUAACAAGUCCAUUCCCGGACCGUCCCUUUGAUGGCAUCUUCACCAUCACAACGGAACUUUCACCUAUGGCUUCACCCGCUUUCGAAACUAACCGUCCGACCGAGCAAGAAGUAUUGCUCUCUCGCCUUCUCGAGAAGACCUUGCGACGUUCUGCAGCCCUCGAUACCGAAUCUCUUUGUCUCAUCGCUGGUCAGAAAUGCUGGUCAGUUCGAGCAGAUGUUCACAUUCUAUCACACGACGGGAAUCUUAUUGAUGCGUCCUGUAUUGCUAUAAUAGCUGCAUUACAACACUUUAGAAAACCAGAUACAAGCACGGAAGGAGAAACGGUGACUGUCUACACUCUAGCAGAGCGAGAACCUGUGCCUUUGAGUCUGUUACAUUUCCCACUCUGUGUGACAUUUUCAUUUUAUGGAAAGGGUCAAGAACAGACUAGAUUGGUUGAUACGACAUUAAUGGAGGAACAGUUAAGAGAGGGUAGUUGCACGAUCAGUAUGAAUCGUCACGGAGAAGUUUGUCAAAUUGCCAAGCUUGGUGGUAUAGCAGUCGAUGCCGUGGAAUUGUUACAAUGUACGAAUAUUGCGCUAGAGAAGGUCAAGGAUAUAUCUACAUAUAUCACGAAGAGGUUGCAAGAAGAUUCGAAGAAAAGAGAUAAAGGCGGACUCAUGGCCGAGCUUAAAGCAGAUAAUUCAAGAUGA